ACCUGGUACAAAAGCAUACAAAGAAAAAGAAAGCUUUAUGGUUAUUACUUACCUGCGUCAUGGUGCUUCUGCUAAUUACAUGCUACAUAUAUGGGAGUGACGUGGCAGGCAAAUUGUUCUCCCAGUUCUAGCCAUUAAGUUCGUUGAAUCCUUUGCAACUAGUCCCUUCUGAAGCAUCUGUUCGUGCGAGUGUGUUUGCCUGUUCAUAAAGGAUGUCAAAACACGGUAAACGGUUGCGUCGAUCUGUCCGGGAGGAAGUGUUUCGCGAGUACUGUGCCAAUAGUUCCAUCCAUGGUGUACGUUACUUUGACCGUGAUGAACGAACGGCCUGUGAAAGAUUCUGGUGGCUAGUGGUCUUUCUUCUCUCUAUGCUGGGCUGUUGCGUGAUGAUAUACAAGACGUAUGUGAAAUGGAACCAAACUCCAAUCAUUGUUACCUUUUCGGAGAAAACCACUCCGGUUUGGGACAUUCACUUCCCAGCCAUAACGAUCUGUCCCGAAACGAAGGUGCCAGCCAAUAAGCUUAACUUCACAGCCGAAAUGAACGCACUGUUGGAGGAUUACCACGACAACAACGCAACAUCCGACCGAGAAUCGUGA